AUCAGUGUCCAUCAGUGCCAGCUGUCAGUGCUCAUCAGUGCCACCUGUCAGUGCCACAUUUCAGUGCCUACCAGUGCACAUCAAUGCCACAUAUCAGUGCCCAUCUGAGCUGCCUUUCAGUGUCACCCAUCAGUGCCAGUCAGUGCCACCUAUCAAUGCUAGUCAGUGCCACCUAUCAGUGCUGCCAAUCAGUGCCACCUAUCAGUGCCAUCAGUGCCGCCUAUCAGUGCCGCCUAUCAGUGCCAUAUAUAAGUGCUGCCUUUCAGUGCCCAUCAGUGCUGCUUGUCAAUGCCCAUCAG